AACAAACCACUUUGCUCCUCUUUUUCUCUCCUCCUCCCUUGUGCAGUUCUGCUACUCUCUGUGUUUUAAGGCCGUUUUUUCUCUCUUGUUGCGCCAUUUCAAAGCCAACUCCGUUUCAAUCCAUCUUCUUAAAUUUGCCAAAUUAUUCAUUCUUUUGGGUACCCAUUAAAAAACCCUAUUUAAUUCUGUCAAAAAUAACAAAAAAAAAAAAAUUAGCAAAAUAUUUUCUUAAAAAUGGAGGAAAGUGGUAACAUAGCAAACAAUGUAGCUCGAGCCAUAACUGCUGCUCUUGAUUGGAGUUCUUCUCCUGAUGCUCGCAGAGCUGCCUUUGCCUACUUAGAAUCUUUUAAAGCCGGGGAUGUGCGUGUCUUGGCUAGUACGUCCUUCAUUUUAGUAAAGAAGGAGUGGUCUUCUGAAAUACGGCUGCAUGCAUUCAAAAUGCUUCAGCAUCUGGUGAGGCUGCGUUGGGAAGAAUUGAAUUCAAUGGAAUGGCACAACUUUGCGAGCAUUGCUGUUGAACUGAUGUCUCAGGUUGCGGACCCAUGUGAGGAGUGGGCUUUAAAAAGUCAGACAGCUGCACUUGUGGCAGAGAUAGUAAGGAGACAAGGCCCUAAUUUGUGGAAGGAGCUGUUCCCCUCUGUUGUAGCCCUCUCUAACAAUGGCCCAUCUCAAGCAGAAUUGGUUUCAAUGAUGCUAAGGUGGCUUCCUGAAGAUAUUACUGUUCAUAAUGAAGAUUUGGAAGGUGACCGGCGUAGGCUAUUGUUACGUGGACUGACUGACUCUCUGCCAGAAAUUUUACCUUUGUUGUACUCAUUGCUAGAGAGGCACUUUGGAGCUGCAGUAAACGAGGCUAAUCAGCAGCAUCUAGACAUUGCAAAACAGCACGCAGCCACAGUUACAGCAACCUUGAAUGCAGUAAAUGCCUAUGCUGAGUGGGCUCCUUUGCCUGAUCUUGCUCAACAUCGCAUAAUAUAUGGGUGUGGCUGCCUGCUUAGUUCUCCGGAUUUCCGUCUUCAUGCUUGUGAGUUCUUCAAACUUGUCUCUGCAAGGAAGAGACCCGCUGAUGCGUCCUCGGAUUUUGAUUCUGCAAUGCGCAGUAUCUUUGAGUUUAUGAUGAAUGUUUCCAAAGAUUUUCUUCACAAAUCAAGCAUAAGUACAGCCACCGAUGACAGUGAAUUUGAGUUUGCAGAGUUGAUAUGCGAGUGCAUGGUUUCUCUGGGCUCCACAAAUCUGCUGUGCAUCUCUACCGAUGCUAACAUGCUUCCUAUUUAUCUUCAACAGAUGCUGGGGUACUUCCAACAUUUCAAGCUGGCCCUUCAUUGCCAAUCAUUGCCUUUUUGGCUGGCAUUCUUGAGAGAUCUUUUGUCAAAGCCGAAAACACAUGCAACUGGAGAAGGCGCUGUAAACAGUUCUGCUGGCUCUGGACAGGCUGAAAACGAAAAGAGAAAUAUCUUAAAUUUGAUCAAUGAUGACUAUUGUGGUGCAAUUCUAGACACAUCUUUCCCGCGUCUCCUCAGAAAAGAAAAGAUUCUUCCUGGGACAGCACAUUCUUUUGGGCCUUUGGAAAUGUGGAGUGAUGAUUUUGAGGGCAAAGGAGAAUUCGGUCAGUACCGUUCUAAGCUGAUGGAGCUGAUUCGGUUUGUUUCAAACCACAAACCUAUAGUUGCUGCUAUGAGGGUGUCUGAAAGAACAGUCAUGAUUAUUAAAGGUCUAGUAUCCUCUUCAGUGCCAACUCAGGGUUUAGCCAUACUGGAGAGCAUGCAAUUGGCCUUAGAAAAUGUUGUUGUCGCAGUUUUUGAUGGACCAGAUGAAUUUGCUAGGGGAAGCUCAGAAAUUCAACUUGCAUUGUGUAGAAUAUUUGAAGGUCUCCUACAGCAACUGCUUACCUUACAGUGGACUGAACCCGCACUUGUGGAAGUCCUUGGCCACUAUAUGCAUUCAUUGGGUCCGUUUCUGAAGAUCUUCCCUGAUGCAGUUGGCGCUGUAGUUAAUAAGCUUUUUGAGCUUUUGACGUCCCUUCCUGUUCUUGUUAAGGAUCCCUCGACAAACAGUGCCCGGCAUGCCAGGUUGCAGAUUUGUACAUCUUUCAUUCGGAUUGCCAAAGUGGCUGACAAAAGCCUGCUGCCUCAUAUGAAGGGGAUUGCAGAUAUGAUGGGGCAAUUACAAAAUGAGGGUCGUUUGCUUCGUGGGGAGCAUAAUCUUCUCGGUGAAGCAUUCCUUAUUAUGGCUUCUGCUGCUGGCAUUCAACAGCAGCAAGAAGUUUUAGCCUGGUUGCUUGAACCUUUAAGUAGACAGUGGAUCCAGCAAGAUUGGCAAAAUGCUUAUUUAUCUGAUCCAUCUGGUCUUGUUCGCUUGUGUGCGGAUACACCACUUAUGUGGUCCAUUUUCCAUACGGUAACUUUCUUUGAGAGGGCACUGAAGAGAUCUGGAAUCCGAAAGAAUAAUGUGCAGAAUAGCUCAACAGAAACUCCAGUUCAACCAAUGGCUCCUCACUUGUCAUGGAUGUUGCCACCUCUUAUAAAACUUCUCCGUGCUAUGCAUUCACUUUGGUCUCCUACCGUGAACCAGUCAUUACCUGUAGAAGUAAAAGCUGCACUUACCAUGAGUGAUAUAGAACGGAGUAGUCUUCUUGGAGAAGUGAACACAAAAGCCCCGAAAGGUCCUUUGGGCUUUGCUGAUGGAUCAUUGAUAGAUAUGAGCAAAGAUUCCUAUGGAGAGCCAAAUGAAAAAGAUAUACGAAACUGGUUAAGAGGUAUCAGAGACAGUGGGUAUGAUGUUUUGGGCUUAUCUACGACUGUUGGAGAUGCUUUUUUCAAAUGUUUGGAUAUCGAUUCUGUGGCUCAAGCUCUGAUGGAGAAUCUGCAGUCAAUGGAAUACAGGCAUUUGAAGCAGCUCAUUCAUUUGGUCAUCAUCCCACUGAUCAAGUCUUGUCCUCCAGAUUUAUGGGGGACAUGGCUGGAGAAGCUUCUACAACCAUUACUUCCUUUUGCUCAGCAUUCUCUGAGCUCCUCAUGGUCAAGUCUUUUAAAUGAAGGAAGGGCAAAGGUUCCAGAUGUUUGCAAUAUUCUCGGAGGAUCAGAUCUGAAAGUAGAAGUAAUGGAGGAGAAGUUGCUUCGUGAUGCAACUCGUGAAGUAUGUGGACUAUUGUCAGCAUUGGCUUCCCCUGGGCUUAAUUCUGGCCUUCCUUCUUUGGAUCAUUCAGGCCAUAUCACUCGCGUUGAUGCUUCCUCUUUGAAGGACUUGGAUGUAUUUUCCUCCACCUCCCUUGUUAGUUUUUUACUGAAGCACAAAAACCUGGCUGUUCCAGCCCUGCACAUUUGCCUAGAGGCUUUUAAAUGGACAGAUAGUGAAGCUAUGGCAAAAAUUUGUUCCUUCUGUGGUGUUAUUGUUGUUUUGGCUAUUUCGACAAAUAACGUCGAACUUCGAGAAUUUGUUUCCAAAGAUUUAUUCUAUGCACUUAUCCAAGGUUUGGCCCUUGAAUCAAAUGCUUUCGUGAGCUCAGAUCUGGUUAGUCUAUGUCGUGAGAUUUAUUUUUAUCUUGCGGAUAGAGAACCCGCCCCUAGACAGAUUUUGUCGACGCUUCCUUGCAUUAAUCCUCAAGAUUUGGCCGCUUUUGAUGAAGCUUUGUCCAAAACAGCGAGCCCCAAAGAACAAAAACAGCAUAUGAAAAGCUUGCUUUUAUUGGGAACUGGAAACAAGUUAAAAGCACUUGGUGCUCAAAAGAGUGUCAAUGUUAUCACAAAUGUCACAGGGAGAUCUCGGACCGCCAGUAACACUUUAGAUACCAGAACUGAAGAAGGGGAUACUAUUGGAUUAGCAGCAAUCAUGUGAAAGCAAAGCAGAGCAGGUUAUAAUAUUAUUAUCCCUGUACAGAAGAAGAUCUUGAUCAGUUUUAAGUUAGAAUUUACAGGAUACAGUAGAGAAGAAAGUUUUGAACGUGAGAGUUGGGGCAUCAGAUCAGAUUAGCCACAUGUCAUCUAUUUCUGAUCAUCUUAGUGUUGAGAUAGUCCACUGAUUUUGUCCCUCACAGCACAGUGUUUAUGAAUAGGAAUAUUGUAAUUUUAUGUUGUCAGUACAUAAAAUCUUCUGGUGUUUCAUGAUUUGUGUAGAAAAGAGUAAAUGUGUAGGAUAGCUUGAUCGGGGUUUUAAACAAGGGGGAUUCGAUUUGAUCAUUCGGGUUUGAAACAAUAGGUUUUUAGAAUGUAUUUGCAGGGGCUUAUCUGCUUUAUUUUUAUCAUCUGUAGUAUGAAGUUGAUAAGUUGCAUUAAUCUAGACUCUCGAGUUCUUGAAAGUUUCUCAAA